GCAGGGCGGGGCAGGGCUGCGGCAUAUAAGAAGGGCUGUGCACCCGCUCCGGGCCACUGGUACGCACUGUUGAGACCAUGGCGUCUCCUUGCCUGCUCGCUUUGCUGCUACUGCUCUUCGGAGGAUUCCCUGCCACCCCCGCCGAGUCGAUCCGGGAGACUGAGGUCAUAGACCACCAGCACUUCCUGGAAGGCAGAUACUUCUCUGGAGCCCUCCCUGACGAUGAAGAUGCUGGGGGCCUCGAGCUGGAGUCGGAUGACUUUGAGCUGUCGGGCUCUGGAGAUCUGGAUGACACAGAGGAGACCAAGACCUUCCCUGAAGUGAUUCAGCCCUUGAUGCCUGUAGAUAACCACAUUCCUGAGCGGGCACAACCUGGGAUCCGUGUCCCCUCAGAACCUAAGGAAGUGGAGCAGAAUGAAGUCAUUCCCAAAAGGGUCUCACCCUCCGAAGUGGAUAACGAUAUAUCCAACAAAGUGUCCAUGUCCAGCACUGCCCAGGACGGCAACAUUUUUGAGAGAACCGAGGUCCUGGCAGCUUUGAUUGUGGGCGGCGUGGUGGGCAUCCUCUUCGCUGUCUUCCUGAUCCUGCUGCUGGUGUACCGCAUGAAGAAGAAGGAUGAGGGCAGUUACGACUUGGGCAAGAAACCCAUCUACAAAAAAGCCCCCACCAACGAGUUCUACGCGUGAAGUUUUCCUUGAGUGCCGCUUGGACUUGAUGGGGAGGGGAGUCACAGGAUUGGAUGGUGGGCCUUUGUAGAGGAAGGGCACCUUAAUACUGACUUGUCAGUGUCUCCAUCUCUGGUCACCUUUCUGGGGUCAGAAGAAAGAUCAUCUUCUGUGCUGCCUCACUUGGAUUUGGGGGUGGGGGUUCAUGUCUCGGUUGCCCAGGUAGAAAAAAAGGGGCUGUUAAACUUGCCCUUUCUAAAGGCAAGCCUGGGUUUGAGUCAUUUUUUUUUUUCCCCUCCAAAUUUCCAGAAUAGAAUCUAGGACCAGUUUAGAGCCUAUACUGAAGGUGCCUCAUCUGUGACUACCUUGUCUUUGGAAGCCAACUUGGCUGCCUUCCACAUGCUGUACCCUGUCUGUCUGUAGGAGCUGGCAAGAAGCUAGAAUCCACUGCACCUUGAGAUGUGUCCACCCACGAGUGGUUCACACUACAGAGUCUCUGUGCUACACCUUGGGCCAUUCUAGGCUCUUUCAGUGACUUUUGGAACUCAACUGUUUUUUGAUUUUUUGUUUUGUUUUUUAAAUAUGGGGAAGGUGGGGUGGAGUGCUGAAAUGCAUUUGUAGAAGAUUGAUAAAACUAAUUUUUUUUUAAAAAAAACAAAACAAAACAGUUCAUUCCUUUAUGCAAGUAUCUGUGCCUGGGCUAAGAGUGUGGGAAUGUGCAGAUGUUCACAUCUGUGUUGAACAUUUACAUUGCACCAGCUAAGUUUGUGUGUCUUGGUUUUUAUGUUGUUUUGUUUUUUGAAAAUGAGAGAAGAGUUGGAGAUAAUGAUUUUUUAUUAAUUUUUGUUACUAUUUAUAGCUUCAGACAGGGCUGCUUCUUCAUCUUUUGUUUCCCCCACCAUUUAAAAAGAUACUCUGCACUCUUUUUUUUUUUUUUUAUGACCUUGGCCCUUUCUGAAGUUGCUUUGUCUUAAGAAGUAGCUAUAAUGUUCUAGCAGAUUCCAGAAUAUAACUUAGGGGAUAGUGGGAUAUUUGUGUACAUGUUCUUGUAAUAUAUUAUCCUUACUUGGCUAUAGAAGAAUAGAAGAAUAUAUUUUUUUAGGAUAUAGAAUGGUUUUUUACCAGUUUCAUGUUGGCUCAGGUGGCUGCGUGAGUAAAUUUUUGUGUGGCUGAGUAGGCUUUGCCCCCUUCUCUUGCCCUGUUCCUGGUGCCUUCUUGUGCUUGAGCUGGAGUAGUAGAGGGUAGCUGACUCUUAACCCUCGUCCUGCCUUCUGCUGGGGGGCCCAGCAGCAUGGCUUCUGGGGCUGCUUUCUUCAGGCUUCUCUAGAUGAAAGUGACCUCAUGUGGCUGGAUAAAUCAGGUCAGUUCAGACCACAUGGUUAGAAAUCCAUUCCUCAGUUGCACUGGCCACAAAUAUGAGUGCUCAGUCACCAUCCACUAAGCAUAUUGCUAAGAGACUUAAGCUGGCUUAGCAGUGACACUCAGCUUUGCUUGCCUCCCAGGGCAAGGGAAGGGGACCAGGAGGAGGGUGAUGAGGCCCCAAUGAGUCCUGUUGCCAGGGACUCUCCCUCUUACAGAGUGACUUACAAAGUCCAGGGUGUAUGUGGGUUGUGGGGAUCAUAUUUCCUCAACCAUACUUGUACCUGCAAGUCCCAUCAGCACCUCAGAGCGGCCCCAGCUGGCUGGGUCCUCUUCUAAACCUCAGUGCCUGCACCUUUUCUGUACCCUCCUCACACUGUCGUCUGUUACUGAUUUCUUUUUUGAUAAAAAGAUAAUAAAACCUGGUACUUUCUAGAUUG